AUGUCUACUUCAUCUUCAUCCAACGAAAUCGUCCUCCCGCCUAUGCUACCCGACUUAUCAACGGGUAGUUCGUUUUUAUUUUUUAAAGACGCGUUAGCGGCGGUGGAAGAGCUAGAAGACUGGGGUUCCUCUAAUGACACCCGCACAUACAUCGAGCGACAUCGAGAAGAAGCCCAUGAAAAGUUAAUGCGUUAUUAUUUCGCGGAACCGCCAAAAUUCGGCGAAUGCUUCUUUCAUCAUCGUUAUCGCAUGAGUAAACGGUUGUUUUUAAAGAUUGUUGGUGACAUUGAAGCUCAAUACCCGUAUUUUCAACAACAUACGGACGCAAGGAAUAGACAAGGUUUCUCGCUGAUACAGAAAUGCACGUCGGCAAUCAAGCAACUCUCGACCGGUAAACCAUCGGAUAACUUCGAUGAGUUUUUAUGCAUGGCCGAUAGCACGUCACGCGAAUGUCUUAUCAACUUUUGUGAUGCGGUCAUUAAUAUAUAUGGGCGCGAGUUUUUACGUAGGCCGACGUCCCAUGACAUAGCUAUGAUCCAAUAG